GGGCCCCCCCCCCCCCCCCCCAGAGCCGGACCUACCUGGGCAUGUCGACGCUGCGCGACCUCAUCUUCAAGCGGCCGUCGCGGCAGUUCCAGUACCUGCACGUGCUGCUGGACCUCAGCUCCCACGAGAAGGACAAGGUGCGUCAGCAGGCGCUGCUGUUCAUCAAGCGGCUGUACGAGAAGGACGAGCUGCGCGGCUACGUGGAGAAGUUCGCCCUCAACUACCUGCAGCUGCUGGUGCACCCCAACCCGCCCUCCGUCCUCUUCGGGGCCGACAAGGACACCGAGGUGGCGGCGCCGUGGACGGAGGAGACGAUCAAGCAGUGCCUCUACCUCUACCUGGCGCUGCUGCCCCACAACCACAAGCUGAUCCACGAGCUCGCCUCCGUCUACACCGAGGCCAUCGCCGACAUCAAGCGCACCGUGCUGCGGGUCAUCGAGCAGCCAAUCCGCGGGAUGGGGAUGAACUCGCCCGAGCUGCUGCUGCUGGUGGAGAACUGCCCCAAGGGCGCCGAGACGCUGGUGACGCGCUGCCUGCACAGCCUGACCGAUAAAGUGCCGCCCUCGCCCGAGCUGGUGAAGCGCGUGCGGGACCUGUACCACAAGCGGCUGCCGGACGUGCGCUUCCUCAUCCCCGUCCUCAACGGGCUGGAGAAGAAAGAGGUGAUCCAGGCGCUGCCCAAGCUCAUCAAGCUCAACCCCAUCGUGGUCAAGGAGGUCUUCAACCGCCUGCUGGGGACGCAGCACGGUAGGGGACCCCUGGGGACAGUCCUGGUGGGGACACGGCCACCGGGGGGCUG